AUGAGGGACCUUCUCCAGUAUGUAGCGUGUUGUCUGGCAUUUUUCUCCGCUGGGUUUUUGAUUGUGGCCACCUGGACAGACUGUUGGAUGGUGAAUGCGGAUGACUCCCUGGAGGUGAGCACAAAGUGCCGAGGCCUCUGGUGGGAGUGUGUCACAAAUGCUUUCGACGGCAUUCGAACCUGUGAUGAGUAUGACUCUAUACUGGCUGAGCACCCCUUGAAGCUGGUGGUAACGCGGGCACUGAUGAUCACAGCAAACAUCCUGGCUGCCCUUGGAUUCCUCUCCCUGCUGCUUGGGUUACACUGUGUGAAAUUCCUUCCUAAUGAACCUCUCAUCAAAGUCCGCAUCUGCUUUGUAGCAGGAAUCUUGCUGGUGAUAGCAGGUGUUCCUGGGAUUGUUGGCUCUGUGUGGUAUGCCAUUGAUGUGUAUGUGGAGCGCACCUCUCUGGUUUUACACAAUAUAUUCCUGGGCAUCCAAUACAAGUUUGGAUGGUCAUGUUGGCUUGGGAUGGCAGGGGCCUUGGGAUGUUUUUUGGCUGGAGCAGUCCUCACUUGCUGUUUAUACCUAUUUAAAGAUUUGGGACCAGAGAGGAGCUAUGCUUAUUCCAUAAGGAAGGCCUACUCCCAUGCUGGGAUGUCAAUGGCUAAGUCAUAUGUCCCCACUCGAACAGAGACUGCCAAAAUGUAUGCUGUGGACACAAGAGUGUGA